CUGGCGGAGGCUCCGGGCGGAGACAAUCGCGCCGAGCUGCCACCGCAGCCAGAGCGGGAGCCCGAGCGGCGCGGCGCAGAGCUGGGGCUGAGCGGGGCCGGCCGAGCGGGGCCGGGCGGGAGCCAUGGGCCGCUAGGGCCCGGCCGAGCCCCGCGAUGCCGCCGCCGAGUGGCCCCAGCGUCCUCGCGCGGCUGCUGCCGCUGCUGGGGCUGCUGCUCGGCGGCGCCUCCCGGGCUCCCGGCAAGUCGCCGCCGGAGCCCCCCAGCCCGCAGGAGAUCCUGAUCAAGGUGCAGGUAUAUGUGAGCGGGGAGCUGGUGCCCUUGGCCCGGGCCUCCGUGGAUGUGUUUGGGAACCGGAUGCUGCUGGCCGCUGGCACCACGGACUCGGAGGGCGUGGCCAUACUGCCCCUCAGUUACCGCUUGGGCACCUGGGUGCUGGUCACUGCUGCCCGCCCUGGCUUCCUCACCAACUCUGUGCCCUGGCGUGUUGACAAGCUGCCCUUGUAUGCUUCAGUCAGCCUCUAUCUGCUCCCCGAGCGGCCGGCCACCCUCAUCCUGUAUGAGGACCUGGUGCACAUCCUUUUGGGCUCUCCUGGUGCCCGCUCCCAGCCCUGGGUGCAGUUCCAGCGCCGGGCUGCCCGCCUGCCUGUCAGCUCCACCUACAGCCAGCUCUGGGCCUCCCUCACACCUGCCAGCACCCAGCAGGAAAUGCGCGCUUUUCCUACCUUCCUGGGCACUGAGGCCUCCAGUUCAGGCAAUGGUUCCUGGCUAGAGCUGAUGCCACUGGCUGCUGUGAGCGUGCAUCUGCUGACGGGCAAUGGAACAGAAGUGCCGCUCUCGGGCCCCAUUCACCUGUCCCUGCCUGUGCCCUCCGAGCCUCGCGCCCUGACUGCUGGCACCAGCAUUCCAGCCUGGAGGUUUGACCCCAAGAGUGGGCUGUGGGUACGCAACGGCACUGGUGUGAUCCGGAAGGAAGGCCGGCAGCUCUACUGGACCUUCGUCUCCCCUCAGCUGGGGUACUGGGCAGCUGCCAUGGCUUCCCCCACCGCUGGACUGGUCACCAUCACAUCAGGCAUCCAGGACAUUGGCACCUAUCACACCAUCUUCCUGCUCACCAUCCUGGCAGCCCUGGCCCUGCUGGUGCUCAUUCUGCUGUGUCUGCUCAUCUACUACUGCCGGAGGCGCUGCCUGAAGCCGAGGCAACAGCAUCGCAAGCUGCAGCUGUCCGGGCCCUCCGACGGUAACAAACGAGACCAGGCCACCUCGAUGUCCCAGCUCCAUCUCAUAUGUGGGGGACCCCUGGAGCCCGCCCCGUCGGGGGACCCUGAGGCCCCGCCCCCAGGCCCCCUGCACUCAGCCUUCUCCAGCUCCCGAGACUUGGCCUCCUCCCGGGACGACUUCUUCCGCGCCAAGCCGCGCUCUGCCAGCCGUCCGGCAGCCGAGCCUGGGGGCUCCCGCGGGGGCGAGGGCGCGGGGCUCAAGGGCGCCCGCUCCGUCGAGGGUCCCGGCGGGUUGGAGCCAGGCCUGGAGGAGUACCGGCGGGGAGCCUCGGCGACCCCGGCCUUCCUGCAGGAGCCGCCCUCGCCGCCGCCGCCCUUCGAGCACUACCUGGGCCACAAGGGGGCGGCCGAAAGCAAGCCCCCCGACUUCCUGCUGUCGCAGUCGGUGGACCAGCUGGCGCGGCCGCCGUCGCUCAGCCAGGCGGGGCAGCUCAUCUUCUGCGGCUCCAUCGACCAUCUCAAGGACAGUGUCUACCGCAACGUGAUGCCCACCCUGGUGAUCCCCGCGCACUACGUGCGCCUCAGCGGCGAGGCGGGCGCCGCGGGGGCGGGCGACGAGCCAGCCCCGCCGGAGGGCACGGGCUCCGGCCCCGCGCGCCCUUUCCCCCCCGCCGACCCCCAGCGCCCGCUGCUGCAGGGCCACUCGGGCGCGGGCGGCGAGGGCGGCGGCGGUGGUGGUGGUGGCAGCGGCGGCGGCGGCGGCGGCGAGGCCUGGGGGGGCGGGCGCUCGGCGCCGGUCAGCGGCUCGGUCACCAUCCCGGUGCUGUUCAACGAGUCCACCAUGGCGCAGCUCAACGGGGAGCUGCAGGCGCUGACCGAGAAGAAGCUGCUCGAACUGGGCGUGAAGCCUCACCCGCGCGCCUGGUUCGUGUCCCUGGACGGGCGCUCCAACUCGCAGGUGCGCCACUCCUACAUCGACCUGCAGGCGGGCGGGGGCGGCCGCAGCACCGACGCCAGCCUGGACUCGGGCGUCGACGUGCACGAGGCGCGGCCCGCGCGCCGGCGGCCCCUGCGCGAGGAGCGGGAGCGCGCGCCCCCGGCCGCGCCGCCCCCGCCCCCGCCGCCCGCGCCCCCGCGUCUGGCGCUAAGCGAGGACACGGAGCCGAGCAGCAGCGAGAGCCGCACGGGCCUCUGCUCGCCCGAGGACAACUCGCUGACGCCGCUGCUGGACGAAGUGGCGGCGCCCGAGGGCCGGGCGGCCACUGUACCCCGAGGUCGGGGCCGCAGCCGCGGGGACAGUUCCCGCAGCAGCGCGAGCGAGCUGCGGCGCGACUCGCUCACCAGCCCGGAGGACGAGCUGGGGGCGGAGGUGGGCGACGAGGCGGGCGACAAGAAGAGCCCGUGGCAGCGGCGGGAGGAGCGGCCGCUCAUGGUGUUCAACGUCAAGUAGCGCCCCCGCCCGGCCUGGCACCGCCUCCCCCACGUCGGCUCCCACCCCCUCCGCCCGGGCCCGCCCCCAGGGUACGCGCCUAGGGGAGCGGCGGGGGCCCUGGCUCUUAGCCCCCCAGACCACCCCUUCCCCCGCCUGGAGAGGGGCCCAGGGGGCUGCGGAGCUGUCCAGUGGUAUGUGCUGGGUAAUGUCUCGGGAGGGACCCAUGUUGGCCUCCGAGAGGGAGGUGGGAGGGGUCCAGACCCCCAUUGGGAGUUGCUGGGGAAGGAGGGCUGGAGGGUGGGGAAGCAGUGCCUGUAUAAACGUGGCUGUACAUAGAAAGAUCUAUUGUGGGAAAGCAGGAGGGGCGACCGGGCCUCAGCUGCUCGUGUGAGGGCUGGGAAGGGGCCUUCUCUGGGGACCCUCCGGGAGGGGAGGGGUUGCUGCCUGCUGACUAGCCCACCUUUGGGCUAGGAUGUCACAGGGCUGGUGGCUGGGGCGGCUCUGGGGAUUAGGGGAUGUGAUGGGAUUGCUGUGGGUAACAGCAAAUAUAAAACUGGUGAGAUGAA